AACGAGAACGAUUUGGGCGAAAAGUGGGAUAAAUGUCUAACUGACAUGGCUGUUAAGAUCGGAGCUGGAAUCGGCUUAGGAAUAGUGUUUUCUGCACUUGCAUUUAAACGUCGUCCUUGGCCAAUUGCUUUUGGCGUUGGUGCUGGCUUUGGCAUGAGCUACGCAAAUUGUCAGCACGUUUUCAAAUAUCCGGAGUUA